CAGGAAACACGCGUGGCGAACCUCUAUGGUUUCGGCGGAAGAUGGCCUUUGCCUGGAUUCGAGGGACGGGUACGGUGGCCGGGGAGACCAUAUGAACAGAAAUCUCCGUUUGCUCUGUUGCCCGCGCUUGUAUGAACUAUGACGUCUGAGCGGUCUUCGCAACCGGAGAGUCGCGGCUCUGGCGAAGAGCAAGAGGACGACUUUGGCUACAGUCGGUUUCCCGAGAGAACUCUUGGCCAGGGGAAGAAGCCCGCAUUGAAAGGAAAAAUAAUCUCCAGCUUGUUUGGUUCCCAAUAUAGGUGCCAGUCCAUGCUGAAGGUUGCCUUAGACAGUCCACAAGCUAAACUGCUACUUGAAGCUAUGAAGAAUUCUGGCUGUGCUGUUGCCCAUAACCGACACAUUUCAUGUGAAAAUUGUGAUAAACAUGUUGGUGGAGGAUUUGAUUCUUCAGUAUCACAGAUUGUACUUUGCCAAAACAACAUACAUAGUCAAUCUCAAAUGAACAGAGUGGUUGCUCAUGAACUUAUCCAUGCAUUUGAUCACUGCCGUGCUCAUGUGGAUUGGUUUAACAAUAUAAAGCACUUAGCCUGUUCAGAGAUUCGGGCAUCUAAUCUCAGUGGAGAUUGUUCUCUCAUAAAUGAGAUGAUGAGAUUUAGGUUUGGGCUGAAGCAGCAUCAGCAGACUUGUGUAAAGAUGAAAGCUGUUCGCUCCAUGUUGGCUGUUAGAAAUAUCACUAAAGAGACGGCUGAGAAAGCAGUAAAUGAAGUCUUUGAAUCCUGCUUCAAUGAUCAUGAGCCAUUUGACAGAGUGCCUCACAGCAAAUUGGAUGCAAAGUAUGCAUACAGAGGUUUUCAAAACCGUCACCGUUACUAUCAAAAUUUAUAAAUGAAAACUGUUUGUAUCCAGACUAUCUACCACAUUAGAGGAUAAUUGAAGUCCCUGGAGAGACUAUAUCCAAUUUGUUUAAUUUUCAUUCUGUGUUUCAUUUGCCCAGUUGAUUGAUUACUAUUUUUUUUUCAACAAGCAAAAUGGAUGUUUGUGAACAUAUGCAUCAAGGGCUAGGCAUCAAGGGAAGACAAAUUAUGAAAGGAGCAUCGUACUGCAAGCUCAGUAACUUUUAUUUAUUUGCUUUUGCAUUGAGGGGAAGAAAAGGGGAGAAGCUUGCCAAAAAACUGAACUUCGUUCACUUUGGCUUUCAGAUGUCUAUGUUUGUGUUUAUUAUUCUUUUAAUUAGUUUUGCAAUUUUUUUCAUCCUUGAAUAAAGGUCAUGUUUAAUUGUAUGUACUUUAUUCCAAGUGGUUGGACAUUUAACAUAAUGUGAUUUUGUCAUUUAACAUAAUGUGAAUAUCAUCAAACUCAGAGCUGUGUAGUAAGUCAAUAUGUAAACAAAUACUUAAAUCAAAUCAUAACAUUCUUGUUUUGUAGCACAUUCAGAACGCAUCCUAAAUAGUGUGUGCCAUGACUAGUCAUUUUUAUUCAUUGCUGUCCUAGUUUGAUUGAUGUUUCAAUCAAACAUCAAUGUAAGAUUUAUUUGAUUUUUUUAAAAAAAACUGAUCUCUUUGCCCAAAUUGAAGCAACAUCUCAAACUGAAUUGUAGCCAACCCUCCAACAAUAUUUUUAUUUUUCACUAGAAUUGAAUAAAAAUUUCAGGAACUUUAGGACACCACAAAGAAAUGGAGGAAACCAAACAUCAUAAAGACUGGUGAAUGGGUUUUAAAUAAUAGUCCUUUAAUUAAAAAAAAAGACUGAACGAGUCAGAAAAUAUACUCAUUAAAUUCAGUGAUUUCUUAGUCCUUUUUUCUUUGAACUGUUUGGGUGAGGGGUAGUUUUUUCUUUGUUUGGUUUGUAGACAAAUUGGAAUUGCUUCAUUUCCCUUUCAGUAAAUUGUUUUGAUCCAUUCUGGAUUUGGGAUUCACACCAAAUCUUAUCCAUUCCUGCUUUCUAUAUGUGUGCGUGCUCUUACUAAAAUAAUUCUUUAUUCCAGUGAAUAAUUAUGUACUAAAGAAGACAUGUUCAAAUAUAUAUGCGUGACAAAUAUUAAUUUUUGCAUUAAAAAUCCAAGAACUUCUUAA